CUUCCCGCCUCCCCGCAGGGCGGAGGCGGCUGGGGGGACCCUGUGCUCGGCCCGCGGUGGCGGCUGAGAGGACCCUGUGCUCGGGCCGGCGGUGGCUCCGGUGCCCCGGCGGGAGGAGGUUACCCCUGCCCGUAGAGCGAGUGCGGGAUCGCUCCGCCGGAGCCGCGCCCGGGGCGGAGCCCGCACUGCCGUGCUGAUGUCUGGGAGUUGAGGUAAUGGCACAAGUCGGUCUGCGGGGCACGGCCGGAGGUGCGGAGCGCGGGCUGCGGGCUGCCGAGCGCCCGUGAUCUGCGCCGGGAUGGGGAACAGCGGCUCGGCCGUGAAGGUCUGCACGGAUCACCAGGGCGGCAUCAACUGGCUGAGCCUGAGCCCCGACGGGCAGCGGCUGCUGACGGGCAGCGAGGACGGCACGGCGCGGCUCUGGAGCACCGCCGACAGCCAGUGCCACGGGCACUUCCAAGGUACGGCGGCUGCUUGUCGCCUGGGCUUUGGGGUCUGCAGCCUGGCACAGGCCACACAGCGUGUUCUGCGCUCUUUCAGUCCCUGCCGGGCAGCCAAAAUCGUGCUUGUUUUGGUGUUUAUUACAGCAGCGUUAAGCAGGAGCUGUUUCAACCCAAAACAGGUUAUCGAAUGCACGGAUGCUUUUAUCUCAGGGUGUGUGAAGUUUAACUUAUGUCACUUUCUGGAAGCCCUGUUUUAUUCUGUGGAAAAAAAAACCUGACUUUUUAUCUUUUUAUUAUUCUCCUUUUUUUUUUUUAAUCAUCUCAUUUCCAGGUGAUUGACUUACUUUUCUUUAUUUAGAACCUCUUGACCCAGAAGUCUGGAAAGAAACCUUGCUAAAUAGGUUACUUCUGUUUUCCCUCCUCAUCUGAUGCACAGAAGUGUUAAUUGCUGGGCUUUUUCAAUAUAAAUUAAUUUUGCAUCUUAAAAUAAUUAUUUUCCUUAGACUGGCAUGUCAGUAAUUGAAAAGAAAAAAAACCUGUAGACAGUGGACAUGCAAGAGUCUAGAUGUGGGCGAAAGAUGUUUGUAUUCCCACUCAUGUUCUUUUCAUAAAAAAAAAAAAGCUGUUAAAUUUGGAAUUUCUAAUGUUUUCUUCUUCCAAAGAAGAAAUCACAUUGCUGUGAUUUCCUUGUUGAUUGUUUGCUUGCUUGCUUGUUUUUCACUAUGGAGUAUUGUCUCUUUUUCCCACAUCCUGCCGUGGUUCUAACUUCUGGAAAACUUGCUGCAUUUGCUUUAGGCUUAGAAAUCCCUUUAAACUAGAAAGAGAAAUGCAUUGGAUAGCAUUCAUUAUUAUGGAAUCUGCCAUAAUCAGUGUCUGGGAUAAACUCUGAGGAAGGUUGGGCUGGGUGGUUUGUGAACUGUCAGUCGAAUCAGAUAAUUGUAUGUAUUUUAUAAUUAUGCAUGCACGCAGUUGUCGUGUCAAUUUUAAUUUUACAAGCUAUAAUUACUGAUAAAUCUAUAUCUCUAAUACAGUUUCAAGCUUCACCACAGCAGAACCAGCAGACUUGUGUGGUGGCUGCUUUUGGCCAGACCAGCACCAGACCUUGUCUGCCGCAUGGGGUUUUGGCACCCUGUGUGUGGGUCAAGCAUUACUGAUGGUUAAAAUCUGCCUGGCAGACUUUGGUGCAGUAACCAAAUUGCUGUUUUGAUCUCAGAGCUGGAUUACAUGAUGCUGUGAGAAAAAUCCCAGUGAUUGAAACCUGAUCCGUUCCGGCUGCUUUGCAAAAAGUUUCGCAAAUAUGGGAGAAGGAGUGUAGUUUUGCUUAUAGCCCUGGUGAUCUGUUUAAUUUUUGGCAUCUGAUGAAUUUGUUUUAGAGGAAACAAGCCAUAUGUUUGUAACAUGGAUGCUGGUUUGCUUUUGAACUGCAACAAGGCUUUUGAACUUCAGGAAUUGUACUGAAAUAUGUUUUUUUGUAGUCAGUGAAACAGUGUUUUACUGAGCAGUCUGCUUUCCCUCAGUUUUUUUACCAUCUCUUUAUUUUAUAACAUUGUUUUUCUAAUACCUUUGUCCAUCUAUCUCUCUUUAAUUACAACUGUCCUUCUUUAAUUUAUUUUUUUACUUUUUUCCUCAAAGAAUAGUAUUUAAGUCACAGUAGGGCCCACCAGCUUCAGCCAUAACUGUCACUCUUGUAAUAGUGACUGAGGUGGAAACAGUUCUGCUCCUAAAAGUUUAGUCUAAAUGUUAAAACAGAAGAGUGCAAGGUAAUAGUACUGUCCAAUUAUUAGAUAGGUGACAGCAAUUUCACACAAGACGUCUUGGAUGAAGCUGGGACUUGUAUCCUAAGGUGAUUUUUACAUGUGGUGCAUUUAAUAUUGCAAUAGAAAAAUGACACAUCUUGCUAAGCAGCAACAAAGCUUGAGGUGGUAAUAUUGAUUCCUCUUUUUUGGUGUUGCCUUGUUUGUCAGUGUGAUAUUUUUAAAGCAGUGGUUGUGUCUGUUUUUAUUGUAACUGUAGAAUCCCUGUGUACUCUACAUAUUGUGUAAACACUUGUGCUCCACUCCUCCCUCCCUCCCUCCCUUUCUUUUCCUUAAAGGUAUACUUAGAAAAUGGUGGGGUUUAGUCAUGUGGGGGAAAGUAUUGGCUGACUAUUUACCUGGUAUAUUUUUGUGUUUGCUUUUUAUUCUGCCUGGACAAAUCAAACUUGCUGGACAUGAAAGUUACAUCACCUUUUGCCACUUGGAGAACGAGGCUGCCUUCACCUGCAGCGCUGACCACACCAUUCGCAAGUGGGACGUGGUGACCGGGCAGUGCUUGGCCAUUUACCGAGGCCACACGUCAAUUGUCAACAGAAUCCUGGUUGCUAAAGACUAUCUCUUCAGUGGCUCCUAUGACAGGACAGCCCGCUGCUGGAGCGUGGACAAGGAGAAACAAAUCCAGGAAUUCCGGGGCCAUCGGAACUGUGUCCUGACUCUAGCUCACUAUUCCUCCAGGGAUGUGCUGGAAGAAGAGGAGGAGGAAGAGGAGGAGAAAGUGAGCAGGGACUUGCUGGUGACAGGGAGCACGGACUGCACUGUGAAGGUCUGGUGGGUGUCCAGCGGGCGCUGCUACCAGACCCUGCUGGGACACACUGGGGCUGUCUUAUGCCUUAUACUUGAUGCACCAAACAGGGAGCUGUUCUCUGGCAGCACGGAUUACACCAUCAGGACCUGGAAUAUUGUCACUGGAGAGCAGCUCAAAGUCUUCAAAGAGCACCAAGGAUCAGUAAUUUGCUUAGAGCUGGUGAAUCGUCACCUGUACUCGGGGAGCGCGGACAGGACGGUGAAGUGCUGGUUUGUGGACACUGGGGAGCGGAUCCAGACCUACAAGGCUCACAAACACAGCGUUAGCACUUUGAAAUACCACGCUGGCAUCUUGUUCACAGGAAGUGGUGAUGCCUGUGCAAGAGCUUUCAAUUCCAGGAGUGGAGUCCUGCAGAAGAUCUUCCGAGGACACAAGUUCAUCAUCAACUGUAUCCAGAUCCACAACGAGCUGCUGUACACGGCUUCCCACGACGGCACGCUGCGGAUCUGGGACAUCCGGGGGAUAUGCAAGAGAAAUAAGCGGCGCUUGAAGAAGGAGAGGUCUGUGCAGGGCAGGAGCUCCCAGAAGGGGAGUCUGUCUCGUCUCUUCAACAAUAAAGUUGGCUGUAUGAUACAGCAAGAGGAUGGGGAACACGAGGCUGUUGAACUGAUGUGACUGUCCAGGGCAGGCUUUAUGUCAGUGACCAAAGCUGAACCUUUUCUUUUCUGCACCACUGUGUCCAUGUAAACCAGAACUUGGAAAGAGAUGGGAAGUGGCUGUGCCUGAACGUCUCCGUGUGAGGAGCCAGGAUUCUGUGUGGCUGCCAGAUGGACUCAGGUCAGAUCCUGUGGCUGUGGUGACUCAGCAGAGCAGCUCUGGGGUCGGGAGGGGAGGCAGCGUGGUUCAGGUGAGUACCACUGUGCAGGUGCAAUGAGGAACUUUCCUUGAGACUGCAGCCCUGGGGCACAGAGGUGUUGCACCUCUGGCUGCCCAGGGUCUAACGAGAUGUUUUCCUGUUCCUGUUGCCCCAUGACCCGUGUUCAGCCCAGUGUGGCAGUGAAAGGUGUCCUGCAGUGAAAGGUGACCUUGAAUUCCAUUUCACAGCUGACCUUCGGGUCAGUUGGCUGACAAGGCCAACGCAGGAGGGUUUGGCUCUGCAGCAGGAGUUUAAAGCAGACUGGACAUCUCUCUGGGAAGAUGGAAGUUAUAGGACAGAAAUUAAUUGGUAUUUUUAGCAGAACAUAAGCCACAGAGCAAGCUAAACCUCAGCCCUUUUGUGCCAAGGUCACCUGUUUGCUGACUUUGUGUUGUCUUUUCCUCCUCCCAAAGCUAUCUCUUGCUAGGUUGCCAGUAGCAGUCAAACUCAAGAGUUUUCCCACUCUUCUUCCAGGUUCAUUCUUCUCUGAUAACCACUGAGCCAUGAAUUAACAAGGGUUCUUAUAUUUUUCUAUUUGCAGAUAUAGCUCUUUGUAGAACCAGUACAAAAAUAUCUAACACAUGUUUUUAUUUUUAUGGCUUUAUUUAUUCUGUACUACAGCAAGAUAAAAAUGCUGUAAUCCUUUUUUAGAAUGGAUUAAUAAACAUGUGGCAUCUCUAGA